CUUCUUCUCUCGCAUCGUUUUAUACCCCAUCACUCGCGACGGUACUCGUGGUCGACCGAGCGUGAAGAAUCUCAAGACCGCAAGGAGUAGGAAGGCGAAAAACUCGGCCUCGACAGCUGGAUCGCGACUGUUCUUGCUCUGAUUGUCCUCGACCCGCUGUCAACUGCCCAUCAUGUCCCACAUCGGCACUGUCCGCUCCCUCCCCAAGGAGCACCGCUAUGCUUUCCUCCAGCAACAAGCGCCCGCCUCCUAUGUCGCCGGUCUGGGUCGUGGAGCCUCGGGCUUCACCACGCGAUCUGAUAUCGGUCCAGCGCGUGAGGGGCCCAGCGCCGAGACCAUUGCCGAGGCGAUGGCCAAGCGUGGCGAGGAGAUUCCCGACCCCGAGCAGUUCCAGGACCCGGAGAACGAGCGCAACCUGUUCGCUGGCACCGUGUACGAGGCCGACGACGAGGAGGCCGACCGGAUCUGGGACUCGGUCGACGACCGCAUGGACUCGCGCCGGCGAGCGCGUCGCGAGGCAUCCGAGGCUGAAGCUGCGGCCAAGGAGCGCGCCAACAACCCCAAGAUCCAGACCCAGUUCGCCGACCUCAAGCGUGGCCUGUCGUCCCUUGCCGACUCGGACUGGGAGGCCAUCCCGGACGCUGGCAACCUGACCGGCAAGAGGAGGAAGCGUAACAUGCGUCUGGAGGAGAACCAGAACGGAAGGACGUACGCUGUCAGCGACUCAGUGCUGGCUGGCGCUGCAGCGAGGAGCACGGUUCUCGGCGAGCUGGACCAGGCCCAGCAGGAGAAUGGAGGCUUUGACACUCCCGCUGCCGACGGCACAAUGACCGACUUUGUGUCGAUUGGUAACGCUCGUGACCGUGUCCUGUCCUUGAAGCUCGACCAGGCUGGAGCGGACGCGACCAACGGCUCGUCAACUAGCAUCGACCCCCGAGGCUACAUGACUGCGCUGAAUAGCCAGGUCCUGCAGUCGGACGCGCAGAUUGGAGACAUCAAGCAGGCCCGCCAGCUGCUGCAAAACCUCAUUCAGUCGAACCCCAAGCACGCCCCAGGAUGGAUUGCCGCCGCAUCGCUCGAGGUCCACGCCAAGAAGAUGGUCGCAGCGCGCAAGAUCAUCGCCGAGGGAUGCGAAAAGUGUCCCAAGAGCGAAGACGUCUGGUUCCAUGCCGCAGAACUCAACACGCCUGAGAACGCCAAGCGAAUCCUUGCCCGCGCUGUUGAGAACGUGCCGACCUCGGUCAAGAUCUGGCUCAAGGCGGCUUCGAUCGAGAGCGACGUCAGCGCCAAGCGCCGUGUACUUCGCAAGGCCCUCGAGUUUGUGCCCAACUCGGUUCGUCUGUGGAAGGAGACUGUCAACCUCGAAGACGAUCCCGAGGACGCGCGUAUUCUUCUUACGCGAGCCGUCGAGGUCAUUCCAAAGUCGGCCGAGCUCUGGCUCAACCUUGCUCGUCUCGAGACUCCCGAAAAGGCCAAGCAGGUGCUCAACUCUGCUCGUGCCGAGAUCCCAACAUCACACGAGAUUUGGAUUGCUGCUGGACGACUCAUGGAGCAGUCGGCGACUGCGGACGGCAAGAUUGACGACAACCCCGAGGCGCGCAAGAAGCUCGCGAGCCAGAUCGACCGCUUGAUGAAGGGCGCCGUCGCAAGGCUUACGGCGAACCAGGCCAUCCUCACCCGCGAGCAGUGGCUGCAGGAGGCUGAAAAAUGCGAGGCGGACGGAAGUCCCCUCACUGCCCAGGCCAUUGUCAAGAGCACCAUCCACAUGGACAUUGAGGAGGAGGACCGCCGGACUGUCUGGCUCGAGGACGCGGAACGUGCUGAGAAGGGCGGCUUCCCAGAGGUCGCACGCGCGGUGUACGUUGUGCUUAUCGAAAACUUCCCUACCUCGCCCGGUGUGUGGCGCAAGGCGGCCGAGUUUGAGAAGGCACACGGCACUCCAGACGCGGUCCAGGAUAUUCUCAUGCAGGGUGCCGAGCACUGCCCUCAUGCCGAGGUGCUCUGGCUCAUGGCGGCCAAGGAGAAGUGGGUCGCUGGCGACGUUGUCGGGGCCCAGCAGGUCCUCAGCAAGGCGUUCGAGGAGAACGAGGAUUCAGAGUCCAUCUUCCUGGCCGCUGCCAAGAUUGCGUCCGAGACCAACGAAACGGAAGCGGCACAGCAGAUCCUGCAAAAGGCGCGUACGCAGGCCAACACGGAGCGCGUGUGGAUGAAGUCGGCUGUGCUCGAGCGGCAACUGGGCCGCCUGGACGACGCGAUUGCAACGCUCAACGAGGCCAUCAAGCGCUUCCCGCAGUUCGACAAGUUGCAUAUGAUCAAAGGCCAGAUCCUCGAGUCCAAGGGCGAUGUGGCUGGCGCUCGCGCUGCUUAUGCCCAGGGCACACGAUCCAACCCCAAGUCGGUGCCAUUGUGGAUCCUUUCGGCUCGUCUAGAGGAGAAGGCUGGCGUUACGAUCAAGGCGCGCUCGCUGCUUGAGAAGGCGCGUCUGCACAACCAGAAGAACGACGAGCUGUGGGCGGAGAGCAUCAAGAUUGAGGAGCGGGCCGGUAGCACGCAGCAGGCCAAGUCAUUGUUGUCGAGGGCCAUGCAAGAGUGCCCUACAUCACCGCUGCUGUGGUCCUUGUCCAUCUUCAUGGAGAACCCGCAGCAGCGCAAGGGACGUUCGGUCGACGCACUCAAGAAGGCAGGCGAGCACCCGCUGGUUAUUAUUGCCGUCGCGCGACUGUUCUGGGCCGAACGCAAGAUUGAAAAGACACGGCAGUGGAUGCAGAACGCCAUCAAGGCCGACGCCGACUGGGGAGACGCGUGGGGCUGGUGGCUCAAGUUUGAGCGCGAGUAUGGCGAGAAGGAGCGGCAAGAGGCUGUCAUCAAGCAGGCCGAGGCUGCGCAGCCUCACCACGGGCCCGUGUGGCAGGCGGUGUCAAAGGAGCUUGGAAACUCGCAGCGCACGCCGACCCGCCACGUCGCGCGAGGCAGCAGCAUCAUGGUGCGCACGAUCGCGCCGGGCAAGGGCGCGCCGCCGAAAAAGUUGACGGGGGGCAAGCAUCUGCGGCAUCCAGGACCCAACCUCGACCCCGCGCCCGCACCACCACGCCGCAAGCACCGCUUCCGCCCCGGAACGGUCGCGCUCAAGGAGAUUCGGCGGUACCAGAAGAGCACAGAGUUGUUGAUUGCCAAGCUGCCGUUUUCGCGUGUGGUCCGCGAAGUCGCCGUCAACCUGACCUCGAUCGACGCCGGCGAGCUCCGCUGGCAGUCGUCCGCCAUCCUCGCCCUCCAGGAAGCCACCGAGGCCUUCCUCGUCCACCUGUUUGAAGACUCCAACCUCUGCACCGUGCAUGCCAAGCGCGUCACCCUCAUGACCAAGGACAUGCAGCUCGCGCGCCGUCUGCGCGGGCCAUGGGGUGGGUUGGGGUAGGCGUAGGAGCAGCUUGAGAUUGGCGGCCAGGCGCGGUUCGGACGACGACUGUUCAGUAGUAGUACUAUUAUGGGUUCAUGCAUUUGUAUCAGUGG